AUGGCACUCGUGGAUCUCGCAUAUCCGAAAGGACCCUCCUACCGAGGACCUGGUCAUUCAACGACUGACACCUCCCUGGAAAGCGGUUCGUGCUCGUUCGACCCAUUUGCGAAUGCCACUGCUAAUUGUGCCUCUGCCACAGCGCUACUACGAGAACCUUACUGGGACAAGAGGGGCAUACCGGCCGGCAACGACAAGCCGGGGACGCAGGCCAUCCAUGACAGCAGAAAGGAAGGCCACUGCAUUCGACUAGGCUGGG